CGGAAGCGCCUUCUCUCUUUCUCAUUCAGUCGGCGGCUUCGUGGCAGCGCCUGGGCUCGAGAUCAGGAGAGAAAAGGAUGGCGCUGAGUCUGACCGUGUCCAGCAGCCCGAGUCCUCCACUGGCCGUAUUGUGGACUGUGCAACAUCUAAAAGGGAAAGUAGAGGUUAAUGUGGAGGACGGAAAAGAGACUGCCCUGCGAGUGUCAGAACACGUCUCUUUUACUGAUGUGAACUCCAUCAUCAGGUACCUGGCCCGACUUGCUCCCCAGGCUGGAUUACUAGGUUCAAAUCUAAUGGAGCAGACAGAGAUCAAUCACUGGGUAGAGUUCAGUCAGACUCGGCUGCUCGAAAAGUCCACCUUCUCUGCCGCCCUCCAGGAGCUGAACCAUUCCCUGUCUCUGCGGACGUACCUGGUGGGAGAUGCUUUGACCCUCGCAGACAUCAGCGUCUUCUCCACUUUGGCAGUUAGCGCUUCAUGGCAGGAGCAGAUGAAGCAGAACAAAGCUGCGGUCAAUGUCAGACGCUGGUACACCUUCCUGGAGCCUGCAGUCCCGUUCCAGGGAAAGCUAAAUGCAACACUGCCUCCUGAGAAGAAACAGGAUAUAGGAAAGUUUGUGGAGCUCCCAGGGGCAGAGGUGGGAAAAGUGGUUGUAAGGUUCCCUCCAGAGGCCAGCGGAUACCUACACAUCGGACAUGCCAAGGCCGCUCUUCUCAAUCAGCAUUACCAGGUGACCUUCAAAGGGAAGCUCAUCAUGAGGUUCGAUGACACCAACCCAGAGAAAGAAAAGGAAGAUUUUGAAAAGGUUAUUCUGGAAGACGUCUCAUUGCUUCAGAUCAAGCCCGACCAGUUCACGUACACAUCUGAUCACUUUAAUAAGAUUAUCGAAUAUGCUGAGAAACUCAUUCGAGAGGGAAAGGCUUAUGUGGACGAUACCCCCGCCGAGCAGAUGAAGGCAGAGCGCGAGCAGAGGACCGUGUCAAAGCACAGGAACAACACGGUGGAGAAGAACCAGCAAAUGUGGGAGGAAAUGAAGAAGGGCUCAGCGUUGGGUCAGACCUGCUGCCUUCGAGCUAAAAUUGACAUGAACUCCAACAACGGAUGCAUGCGAGACCCCACGUUAUUCCGCUGCAAGACUCAGCCACAUCCCCGGACUGGGGCCAAGUACAACAUCUACCCCACCUAUGACUUUGCCUGCCCAAUAGUGGACAGUUUAGAAGGAGUCACGCAUGCGCUGAGAACGACCGAGUAUCACGACCGGGACGAGCAGUUCUAUUGGAUCAUCGAUGCCUUGGGAAUUAGGAAACCUUACAUUUGGGAGUACAGCCGCCUGAACCUCAACAACACUGUCCUGUCCAAGAGAAAACUCACCUGGUUUGUUAACGAAGGCCUUGUGGAUGGUUGGGAUGACCCCAGGUUCCCAACUGUGCGAGGAGUUCUUAGAAGAGGAAUGACUGUGGAGGGGCUGAAACAGUUCAUAGCUGCACAGGGCUCCUCCCGAUCUGUUGUGAACAUGGAAUGGGACAAAAUCUGGGCAUUUAACAAGAAGGUUAUCGAUCCUGUUGCCCCACGGUACAAUGCUUUGCUGAAGAGCCAAGUCGUUCCAGUGAACGUCCCAGGCGCUCAAGAAGGAAUGACUGAAGUCGCCAAGCACCCAAAGAAUGCCGAGGUUGGCAUGAAACCUGUAUGGUACGGGCCUCGCGUUCUUAUAGAGGGAGCAGAUGCUGAGACUUUGUCCGAGGGAGAGAUUGUCACCUUUAUCAACUGGGGUAAUCUCAACAUCACCAAAAUUCACCGAGACUCCAGCGGGAAGAUAACUUCUCUCGAUGCCAAGCUGAACUUGGAGAACAAGGACUUCAAGAAAACCACCAAAAUAACGUGGCUGGCAGAUACCCCUAAAGCGUCAUUAACCCCAACAUUGUGUGUCAACUAUGACCAUCUGAUCACAAAGCCAGUCCUUGGGAAAGAAGAAGAUUUCAAACAGUACAUUAACAGGAGUAGCAAGCAAGAAGAGGUCAUGCUAGGAGACCCCUGUCUGAAGACCCUGAAAAAGGGGGACAUCAUCCAGCUGCAGCGAAGGGGCUUUUAUAUUUGUGAUGAGCCGUAUGAGCCAAUCAGCCCACACAGCUGUAAGGAGGCUCCUUGUGUCUUAAUAUACAUCCCAGAUGGUCACACCAAGGAGAUGCCAACUUCGGGCUCUAAAGAGAAAACCAAAACUGCCGGCGUCAAAACGGAGGCAAAGGCGAAACCCACAGAAGCCCCGGUGAAAAACGCCCCUGCCCCAUCCCCCGUGUCAGCAGCAGAUCCCUCCGUUCUAUACAACAAAGUCACAGCUCAGGGAGACCUCGUCCGGGACCUCAAGACCAAGAAAGCCGAAAAAGCUGAAAUCGACACGGCUGUUAAAGUUCUUCUGUCGCUGAAAGCAGAAUAUAAACAGGCAACCGGUCAGGACUACAAACCCGGAAAUGCUCCAGCACCGAGCGCCCCGGUCUGCCCUGUGGUGGUGGCCAGUAGCGGUGGUGACGCCAAAGCUGCCUAUGACAGGGUGACCGAGCAAGGUGAAGUGGUGCGAAAACUAAAGGCGGAGAAAGCCCCAAAGGACAAGGUAGACGAGGCGGUAAAAGCCCUGCUGUCUCUGAAGGCAGAAUACAAAGAAAAGACCGGGCAGGAGUACAAGCCUGGGCAACCACCUGCGAGCACAGCGCCGGAGCCACUUGUAAAAGCUCAAGAUAACAGGUCCACGUCUUCUGAGGCUGAAGAUCUGCUCGACAGGCUCACCAAGCAGGGAGAUGAGAUCCGAAAACUGAAGAGUGAGAACGCUUCCAAGGAUAAAGUUGAUGCUGCAGUGAAGGAUCUUCUUGACUCAGUACUUGCACUGAAUCAGUACAAGGCUCAAGCCGGAACGGAGAGUAAACCAGUGACCAUAACGGGAUCUCAGGAUAAAAACCCUAAAGAAGACAAACAGCAUAAGGAGAAAGAAAAUAAGUCUGAAAAACAGAACAAGCAGCCAAAACAGGGAGACGGUCAGAAGAAGAAGGAUGGUGGCAAGGAGGCUGGCGGGGCUGCUGGUGAGGGGCAAGGCCCUAAGAAACAGACCAGGCUGGGGCUGGAGGCAAAGAAGGAGGAAAACCUUUCUGACUGGUUCUCUCAGGUGAUCACAAAGUCAGAGAUGAUUGAGUAUUACGACGUCAGCGGGUGUUACGUGCUGCGACCAUGGGCCUUCGCCAUUUGGGAAUCCAUUCAAGAGUUCUUUGAUCGCCAGAUAAAGACGCUGGGUGUGGAAAACUGUUACUUCCCUAUGUUCGUGUCUCAGGCAGCACUUGAGAAAGAGAAGACCCACAUUGCUGACUUUGCCCCAGAGGUAGCCUGGGUGACCAGAUCUGGGAAGACUGAGCUGGCAGAACCAAUCGCUGUGCGGCCAACGAGUGAAACGGUUAUGUAUCCUGCAUAUGCUAAGUGGGUGCAGUCUCAUCGUGACCUCCCUAUAAAGCUGAACCAGUGGUGCAAUGUUGUGAGGUGGGAGUUCAAGCAUCCUCAGCCAUUCCUCCGCACCCGAGAGUUCCUUUGGCAGGAGGGACACACCGCUUUUGCUACGUACGAGGAGGCAGCAGAGGAGGUCCUGCAGAUCCUGGAUUUCUAUGCCCGGGUUUAUGAGGAGCUCUUGGCAAUUCCUGUAGUAAAAGGAAGGAAGACUGAGAAAGAAAAGUUUGCCGGAGGCGAUUACACGACCACCGUGGAAGCGUUCAUUUCUGCCAGCGGACGAGCUAUACAGGGUGCCACAUCACAUCACCUCGGCCAAAAUUUCUCAAAAAUGUUUGAGAUAGUCUUUGAAGAUCCUAAGAAGCCGGGUGAAAAGCAGUAUGCCUUCCAGAACUCUUGGGGUCUCUCCACCAGGACGAUCGGUGCGAUGACCAUGGUUCACGGAGACAAUAUGGGGAUGGUGCUGCCGCCGCGAGUUGCCUGUGUCCAGGUCAUCAUAAUUCCAUGUGGCAUCACAAACUCGCUCUCAGAAGAAGACCGAGAAGCUCUCCUCCAGAAGUGCAAUCAGUAUCUGCAACGCCUUCUCAAUGUGAGCGUCCGUGCACGAACCGAUCUGCGUGAUAACUACUCCCCUGGAUGGAAAUUCAACCACUGGGAGCUGAAGGGGGUCCCCAUCAGGCUAGAAGUGGGACCCAGAGACAUGAAGAGUCAGCAGUUUGUAGCCGUCCGACGUGACACUGGAGAGAAACUAACCAUUCCCGAGGGCCAGGCCGAAACUAAACUGAAGGAUCUUCUGGAGGAAAUUCAUAAGAACCUCUACAACCGGGCCCUCAACGAUUUGACAAGUCACAUGGGUGUUGCUGAGAAAAUGGAGGACUUUCAGAAGCAGCUCGAGACAGGGAAAAUUGUACAGAUCCCGUUCUGCGGGGAGAUGGACUGUGAAGACUGGAUUAAGAAGACAACAGCCAAGGACCAGGAUCUGGAGCCUGGAGCACCAUCAAUGGGAGCCAAGAGUCUGUGUAUACCCUUCAAACCACUUAAGGAGCUGCAGCCCGGAGCCAAGUGCGUUUGUGACAAGAAGCCCGCCAAGUAUUACACCCUGUUUGGCCGCAGCUACUAGACCGAGACGGACCCCUGGACCCCUUUAUUAAGCUCUUUAUUUUUAUUAACUAAUGUACACCUCAGAAGAUAUUUUAGGACCCAUCCCGUGUGGGGGGGGGAGGGGCAGUGCUCUGUAGCUCUACACACGUAUUUUCUGAGUACAUCCCUAAUAAUAAAAGCUACAACAAACUC